GCACGGCUACAUGUGACAUUGUUGCCCACUUGGGCGAUGGCGCCUAAUUGGCUUUCAUUGCCCUAGAGAAAGAUGGCGUCUCCCCAGUCCAAUAAGCCGGUUGUUUUGCCUGCCGUGUAGAUCACCUGAUUCGUGUUUCAAGAUGGCUGCGGCAACAGGACUGAAUUCUGUUUUGGAGUGCAGCUAGCACGGAUGAUCAAAGGAGUGCCGAGUGUAUAUUCCACCGAUGGUUAGACCUCUCUUCCAGGUUGGUCGUAUGUGAGGCACGAGUGGCUGUUUCCCUGCCUGCGCCAGGGGAGGUAUGGAAAGGGUGGGGAGGAAAGACAAACUCCACCAGGUAAGAUGAGAUUCCAAGCAGGACGAAAAGAGCCUUCUGCCGGGGUUUGUUUUGCGAAAGAUGUAUCCAUUUGGUAAAGAGGAAUCUGCAUCCCUGGAACAUCUCUUCUGGUUUUUCUGUGAAUGUGUGAAGAGGGGAGACUGGGAACUUGCACAGGCCUGCAUUCCUCAGUUAAGUCGGUGGCAGGAGGAUGGCUGUGAAAAAGUGAGAUCAGCCCUGCAUGCUCUAAUAGUCUGCCCUUCCCAUCUGAGGUGUGGAUCAAACCACAGUCCUCAAAAACUGGCUUGGUUUUGGCUCCUUGUAUUUCAGAAGUGGCUAGCGUGGGAACAGAAAACAGUUCCAGAAGCUCUACAGAGAGAAACAGAAUUCUUGCUUCUCUUGGAAGAACUGGAAAAGGAUGUCUCACUUGCAGUCCUAAAGGAAAUAUAUGAAGCUUUUGAAAGCAGGCACGGGUCAAACAGGAAGCAAAGGGAUGGAGCCACGCAGACGUUCAGUGUGGAGGUGCUGUCUGCUCUCCGAAAAAUGCUGUUGCAGGCUCCUCGGAAGCUGCAAACCCUCCUGGAGUUUUUCCAUAGAGAUCCUGCUGAAAAGAGCUCUUCCCUCACACACAGCGGCUCUCCACAGCACAUCUUUGUUGACUUUCUCUGGGACUCCUUAAAACGUUUGAAGUGUCUCCAGCUCAAUCCAGAGUUGCCAGACUAUGAUUGGAGGGAGGCUGUAGGUGAAAUUUAUAGUGCCCUUACCAUGUUGGAAGUGAAGACUCAGUCUGGAGAGCUGCGGCUUCUCUGCCGAGAACUUCUGGAUGCCUGCUGGGCUGAACAGAGCCCGCUGAAGGAAGAGAGGUUGCUCAGCUGUCUGCUGAGGAAAGACAGCCGUGCCUUGCUCAGUCUGUUCAGCAGCGUAUUCCUGGAGAAGAUGAGAGAGAAGCUGCUGGGGCUGAAGUCACCUGGCAAAGGUACAUCUGAACAGCUGGAUGCAGAGCGGGCUGUGAUGGCACUGUUUUUGGAUCAUGAACAAGCUCAGUCAUGGAAAGCUACCUAUUUCUACUAUCUUAGCAGCAACAAGCACUUUUUGGAACAAAUUCUGAUGACAGCAUUAACUUUAUUGAAAAGGGAAGACUUCUCCAGUCUCAAUAGUUUACUAAGGCAAGAAUUCAGCCACCUAAGUCGCCUCCUGAUAUUGCUAGGAUGGACUCAGUGUCGCAGUUUAGAAUCCGGAAAAACGCUGCUCUGGACCCUUCACAAAUCUCAGGGUGUCUGCAGUGACUCAGUAUUAAAAGACUUCUGUGAUGGCCUGUGUGCCCAAGUGGAGGUUCUUGAAUGGUGCAUUCAACAGAAUAGUAAUAUUAUCCCAGAGAAAGUUGUUCUGCAGCACUUGCACAGUUUGGAGUGUCACACGUCCCUAUACCUUCUCCACCAUCUUACCGACAUUGUCACCCUGAAUGAAGAUGCUGUCAUUGAGCUUCUUCAGACAAUUCCAGCCAGGGACUCAGAAGCUCAAGGUUCAGCAAUGGUGCCAGCUUCCAGCUGUCUGAGUCAGCAACGCAAUCUUGUUCUUUUCCGGGCAUUUUGUGCCAUGAAAUAUGCCAUAUAUGCACUCUGUGUCAAUGCACACAAGGGUUCGCAUUGCAAGGACUGUGCAGACCGUUUUGUCAGUGAUGUACCCGAUGAGCUGCCUGGCCAGUGCAAACCUGCAUAUCAGCCUCUUUGCACAGAUUAUGCAGGUCUCUUUGUGCAAUAUCUUGCCAAGUGCCAGCAGUUUUUAAAGACUGUCCCUGUUCCUCUACGCCUGGAACUUCUGGAGAACAUCUUCUCCUUGCUCUUUGUCUCCUACAGCGACCUUUGCAGCGAUGAUCCCCAAGAGGAGGACAACACAGAAGAGGCUGGUUUCGAGAAAAAGAACUGUGGUGUAAGGAGACUUGAGCGUUGUCCUAGCCAAGGCUCUUCCACCUCAGCAAGUCCACAGAACUCUGAAGGGCCCGGAAGGAGGUCUGAGAGAGACACUGCCAGUACAUCUCAUGAGCCUGUCGGCAUCCAAAAGCUGCUUGAUAUGGAAUCAAAUAGCAACAAGUGUGAUUCCUUCAGAUGGAGCUAUCUGGAUUUGAAGCAUUUUAUCAGUGACAUCAGUGGAUUUUUAGUGGAUGAUGUAGCAAUGGAGAUGGUUCUCAAAAUGCUCCUGGACCAUCUGAAAGAAAUUGAGGACUCCUCCCCAUGGGACUCGAGGCAUGUACCUCAGGAGGAGCUGACACUGCUGGACUGCUUGAGUUUAUCUGUAAAUAGAGAUAGUUUUAGUUGCCGUGUGCAGUUGCUCUCCAAGUACCUCUCUGAAGCUCAAUGGCGGCACAAAAUAGUGCUUAGCAACAGAAACGCAGGCAGUCAACGUGUUCCCAGUAAAACACAUGGAAAUGUAACCAGAGGAUCCAAUUUGAAGAGGCGCACUCGAUCUCAAAGGCCAAAACCAGAUUGCAACAAGGGAGCCUCAAGCCCAGCGCUAGAGAUUACCAGCAGUGAAUUAAGUAUUGCUAGUACGUCAGAUGGAAGUGCUAGUACACUAUCUGACUGGAGUGAUGUAGAAUACCGGAUAAAGCCUCAACAGAACUCCCUCAUCCCCAUGAUGCUUUCCCCACCAGAAUCUCUUCUUGUUGCCUGCAUCUUGAGGGGGAACUACAUAGAAGCUCAUCAGGUGGCUAUUAUGUUUAGUUUGGAGACUUCUGCUUCCUAUGGUGAGCUGAUUUUCUUGGAGCGUUACCAAGAAGUGAUCAGGGAACUGACAAAAGUGGAACAUAAGAUUGAGCAUCAGUCAUCUGAGGGGUCUGGAAACCUCAAACAGUCUGGCAGUGGCCGUUCAACACUACAGGCCAUUGGAAGUGCAGCAGCUGCAGGUAUGGUAUUUUACUCCAUUUCGGAUGUCACCAACAAGCUGCUUUCCCCUUCAGAAGGCCUAGUCCCUAUGCUUCAAGAGAGCUUCUGGGCCAGCAGCAUCCAGCUGGAGCACACAGGCCCUCUGAGAAAUGUUGUGGAGGGCCUUUGCCCCUCUGCUAUGGCCCUCUUUGACUUGGCAUCUACUCAGUGCCACUUAUGGAAAACCUGCAAGCAGCUCUUAGAAACGGCAGAUAGGAAGUUGCAUAACAGCCUUGAAAUUAAGGGUCGAAGACUUGAUUCCGUUCUGCAGUGCUUUCUUGGCAUGAGGGGUUUCCCAGCAGUUCUUCAACAAUUAAGUAAAAUUAUCAAUACAUCACAAGGGCAGCCUAAAUCAGAAAUCUCAGAUGAGAAAAUAAGUAGUCACUUCCACUGCAGCCUUGCUGACCUUAUGCAAACUUGUUACCCUGUCCUGACUGAGAACUGUAUUACCAGUCAGAUUGUUUUAUCACAGCACUUUGACCAAAUCCUGCAAAGAUUGGCACAUGUAGAAGAGUCUUCAGAUUCCAAAGGGAGUCUGCUUACCUCGUUGGCAGAACAGGCUUCUUUGAAACCUAUGGAAUUAGAGGUGCAUCCAGUUUCUAAUCAAAUCAAACUGUUGCUGAAAACCUUGGACCAACAUGCUCAGACUAUUGAAGAGACCCAUGUAGAAAACUACUAUGUACAAAGCUUCUUUAACUAUAUUAACAGGCUGGCUGCCAUUGUCCUCCGAAGCCUUACUCCAGAGCUAGAUCAAUCUGCAGAGGUACGAAUAGGAAACCCUUUCAUAUUACUUCAGCAGAGUCCUUCUCAUUUACUGUCCCAGCUUUUGUUUGAGAGACAGGUUGUUCCUGACAGGCUGUCUUUCCUGCUGGCCAAAGAAGAACUCAACUUAAAUGUGCAGCAUGUAAUCAUUAAUGGUUGUUGUAAGGCAUUGCCUCUAUGCAAUACCAGGCAAAGCAGCCAAACCAGGUCCCUUUUGACCAACAUCAGUAGCCUAGAACGCCUGCAUGCCUAUCACUGUCUGCCUGAUGCGGAGGUGCCAGUCCACAAUCCAGCCAUGGACUCUGCAGAGACUUCAGUGUAUCCCUUGUCCUCUUCACCCGACCAGAACCAGCACAUGCUCACAGCUUCCACCCUCACUUUUCUGAAAUCUCAGUCAAAACUCACAGCUGCUGUGGUUUGUCUCAAUGUAUCAAAGGUUCAGAAACAUUCCAAACCGGGCCUGUCAUGGAAGGAGUUUCGAGGCAAACGGGAAGCCCCCUUGUCUGUAGAGCACAUUUCCAAGGAAUGUGAAGCACUGUUAAAAGAGUUUCCAUUUCUGGAGAGCUUUCUUCUUACCAUGUGUGAGCCCCUGCAGGACCCUCAGGAUGAGGGAAAAGCCAUGGCUAGUGGACUUUGUGGCAAGUCUUAUGUUUCUUUGCUCUUCCUGGGAUUGCAUUCUGUUAUGGCUGUUGAGGUGUUAAUGGAGAUUUUAAAGCAAGCUCUCGAUGCAGGGGACUGGCCCAGAGCCCUGAAGGUCUUGGAUCUCUACAGCCAGGAUAUGGAAGAGCUCAUCACGGUGCGGGAUGCUGUCCUGAGCUGUGCUGCUGCUGAUGGUAAGGAUGGUUGGCAAUACCUGUUCCGAGUGAGAGAUGCCAUGCUGAGGAGCAGAUUGGCACUGCGCUGUCUGGAUAACUGGCCCCUGGAGGCUUGUCUAGAAAUCUUAGCUUACUGUGCUUGUGACCCUGAGGUGCCUGAAGAACUCAGAUCUGAUCUGCAGAGCAAAACGAGAGAGCUGCAGGUUUAUCAAAAGAUUCUAAGUCUGCAAGAUGCCACACUGUGGCAAGACUGGCAGGACCUGAAAAGAGCUUGUACUGAUGAGCCCCAGACCGUUGUAAGGGUGAUUGUGGCAGCAAAGGAUCAUGAAUUAUGUGAAGAAUGGGGAAAACUGUAUCCUGUUCCAAGAGAUUAUUUGAUCAAUCUUCACCGAGAACACCUCCUUCAUUUGCUGGAAAUGGGAGAUAUGGAAAAGGCUUUGCAGCUCUUGCAAAGGAUAGAAGAUCCAGACAUUCAGCUUGUCAUAAGUGAACAGUGUCUUGAUAAACAUCCCAGCCUGGCAGCUUCUCAUUUCCUUGCAGAUUAUCUCACAACGCACUUCUACAGGCACUUAACAAUUAUGCGCCAUAAUGAAAUUCAGGCUCUUUAUAUGGGAUCAAAGGUCUUACUGACUCUUCCUGAGCCUUACCGUGCUAACUACUCGCAUCUGUCCUGUAAGCCACUGCUCAUGUUGGAACAGCUCUUGAUGAACAUGAAAGUGGAUUGGGCAGCUGUGGCUAUACAGACACUACACCAGCUCUUGGUUGGGCAAGAGAUAGGCUUCACUGUAGAAGACAUUGAUGCUUUGCUCUCCAAGUAUGCCGGGAAAGCCCUUGACUUCCCUUUCUCGUUAAAAGAGAAGAGAUCAGAUUCUGUGAUUCAGAUUCAAGAGAGUUUGUAUCGGGGAUCUGAGUCUGACACCUUGUCCAAAUCAGAAUCAGCAGAACAAUUUCCAGUUAGUUUUCCUGAUCCAACACAGUCUUCCAGCCUGAGAGAGAAAAGCCUACAACAAACUCUCUCCCCUCAGGAGUUUGUGCCACCAGAGAAGCCCCCACCAAAACAGCAAUGGAUUCCUGAUGAAACUGAAGUCACAUGUAUGGUUUGCAAAACCGAACGCUUUACGAUGUUUAAUAGGCGGCAUCACUGCAGACGUUGCGGAAGGCUGGUGUGCAGUUCCUGUUCUACCAAGAAAAUGGUGGUAGAAGCCUGUCGGGAGAACCCAGCUCGUGUGUGUGACCAGUGCUACAAUUAUUACAACAAGGAGUGUUCAGCAGAAUUGCCCCAUGAUACAGCCAUUUCAAAACAGGAGGGUCAGGAUCAAGAAGAAGCAGCUGUGUCCUCUGAUAAUGAAUGCUCAGAUUAUUCUGCAGUGGUGCAAAUACCAAAAAUGACAGAUCUCGAAUGGCUUCUUUCUUUGAGAGAAGAGGAGAAUGAAAUUGUGCGCAGUGAAUUUUAUUAUGAACAGGCUCCCAAUGCUUCCUUGUGCAUUGCCAUCUUCAAUCUGCACUCAGAUGGCAUAGCCUGUGGUCACCAGUUGAUAGAACACUGCUGCAAGCUUUCCAGAGGGCUGACAAACCCUGAAGUGGAUGCUGGUCUCCUCACAGAUAUCAUGAAACAACUGCUUUUCAGUGCCAAAAUGAUGUUUGUAAAAGCUGGAAGGAGCCAGGACUUAGCUCUGUGUGACAGCUAUAUCAGCAAAGUAGACGUGUUAAAUAUUUUAGUUGCUGCCACGUAUCGUCAUGUACCAUCUCUGGAUCAGAUACUGCAACCUGCAGCAGUUACAAGGCUAAGGAAUCGACUUUUGGAAGCAGAAUACUAUCAGCUAGCUGUAGAGGUUUCAACAAAGACUGGUCUGGAUCCAGGUGGAGCAUGGCAUGCGUGGGGCAUGGCCUGCCUUAAAGCUGGCAACCUCACUGCUGCCAGGGAGAAAUUCAGCCGGUGCCUAAAGCCACCUCUUGACUUGAACCAACUAAAUCCAGGCUCCAGACUGGUACAAGAUGUGAUACAGUAUCUGGAGGCCACAGUGAAACCCAUCAUCUCAGUGCAGGAUGAUGACUACUUUGCCACUUUGAAGGAACUGGAAGCAACCCUGAGGACACGAAGCCUAUCCCUGGAGAUGAUACCCGAGGGGAAGAUUCAACACAACAGCUACUAUCAAGAGUGCCUCUUCUAUUUACACAACUAUGGCACCAAUCUAGCAAUCAUUAGUUUUUAUAUGAGGCACGACUGCAUGCGAGAAGCACUGCUGCAUUUGUUAAAUAAGGAGAGCCCACAAGAAAUAUUUAUUGAAGGGAUCUUUAUCCCUAGUUAUAAAAGUGGAAAACUUCAUAUGCUGGAGAACUUGCUGGAAACCAUUGACCCAGGCCUGGAUAGCUGGGGUGUUUAUCUUAUUGCAGCUUGCAAACACUUGCAGAAAAAGAAUUACUAUAAUAUUUUAUAUGAAUUGCAGCAAUUUAUGAAGGAUCAAGUCCGUGCUGCUAUGACCUGUAUUAGAUUUUUUACUCACAAUGCAAAGUCUUACACUGAACUGGGAGAAAGGCAUACAUGGCUCUUGAAGGUCAAAGACCACCUCAAAGUUUACCUACAGGAACUUUCAAGGAGUUCGGGAAGAAAAAAGGUUAUACGUACUUUCCGUAAGAAAAUGUCUGCUCCUGAUGUGUCAAGGCAUAUCAAUACCGUUGAGCUUCAGCUGGAAGUAACAAGAUUCCUUCAUCAAUGUGAAAAAUUGGGGGCUUCACCUGUAGCUGUCUUGUCUGUACCUACACUCUUUGGAAAUAAUCAAAUGAAGAUGGAUGUAGCUUGCAAGGUCAUGCUGGAAGGUAAAAACAUUGAAGAAGGCUUCGGGAUUGCAUUCAGAGUUCUACAGGACUUCCAGCUUGAUGCUGCUACUGUAUACAAUAAAGUGGCCAGACAACUGGUGAAGCAGCAGAACUACAGUGAGAUAAAGCAGCUCCUCAAAUGUAUUAAGGAAUCUGGUGUUGCAGAUAAAAAUGAUGGAGACAAUGUUAUCUUAAACUGUCUGGAUGAAUUUGAUUCUAUCCCUGCUGAGGAGCUGGACAAUCUGAUCCAGGAUAUGGACAGUGAUGAAAACAAGAUCCAAGCAUACUUGAAAUGCCACAAGCUACGUUCCGCCUACCUAGUCUCAGUGAAACAAGAAAGCACUAGAGCUGUGCAGUUGGUCCAGCAUGUACGGCAGUUGGCUGAGGAUAGUGGGGAAGAUGUGGUCCAGGCCAUCUGCACCCAGUGGCUUUCAGUGCACCACACCAAGCCAAGAAGCUGGCUCGCUCAAAGCACCAAGAAGUGACUUCCAGCAAGUGGAACAUUGGGGUUUGUGUUCUAUAAAGCAGGGAAGGCUCUGCAUUUUGCUGAUCAAAAGAGCUUAAUCUGUCUAUGGCAGCAAGUUGGAAAGGAGCUUGUCAGAUGCCUCUUCUAAAAGGGAAAGGAUUGAUGUCCUGAAAGUGCCAAUCAUGUCCUGAUGACAACCAACUAUCUCUACCUCAGAUGAGCAUUCAUAUUUCCCCUCUCUUUUCCUUCCUCCUGCCCCCAUGUGUUAAUAUUUCAGUCUUUCUUCAACCAUUUUUCCCCCCUACCAUCAAGACACAUUGUCCUGGCUGUUGUUUUAUUAAUUCAAAACCCGCAUCAAUUAAGUCUCAGUUGGAGCUUAACUUUCUUUGAUUUCUGCUAACACAAAGCCAUAUUGCAGGCAAAUCCACAAGUUACUAGAUUGCUGAGAUGCACUGUUCUGAACCAGAUUCCUGCUGCUAAUUAAUAUAUACUAGGAUAGCUUUAUUGCUGAAGGAGGGAAUUUUAAGGAUCUUGUAACUCACUAGUGGAACAAAUAAACUGGUUUGAUAUGUGAAAUUGAGAACAAAUUCCACAUUCUUGUUAAAACUGUACCUGUGGACCUAGCAAAGCCUUUUUUGUCAUCUCUGUUGUAGAAAACACAUCUCCAGUAGGUGGGGUAUUUGUUUCCUCCCAAGCCUUAACUUUAAUGAUCCAUUCAUUGACCAAAACAGACAUUGUAGACUAGUAAUGCAUUUAGAUGGAGUGAAAUAACUAGUAUGUAUAUGUGAAGUAACUGGAGAAGAGCAUGAAAUCACAACAUAUGCCAAGUAAUUAUGGGGGGGAUCCAGUAAUGGCAGAUUGGAAAUGGGUUGCCACAAAUCUUUGGACAAAAUUGUCUCUGUAAGCAACAACUUUAUUUGGUAGCUGUCUUAGCCAGAAAUUAUCCAUGAAAGCCAUGCGGUACUUAAUAGUGACAGUAGUAAUGGGGCUGUGCAUAAGCAAAAUGUGAGGAUUAUAAUUCUACAUGUGUUGUCAUGAGAUCAAGAAAUUUGUAAAGGGGUGGUUAAAUAGGAAAUAGGAGGGACUUGCCCCCAAGUCUUGGCUGAUUUUAAAUGUCAGGCCGAGUUCCCGUUUUUAUCAUCCCUUUCAACUGCCUGAAGAUCCUGUUGUCUUUCCAGCGACACACAUGGGAACAUAAUUUUGCAGUGGGUUUUAAAAUGCCUUUUAAAUCAAAUUAAUGUAGGGCAUCCAGCAGAUACUACUCAGUUGAUAGGGGUCCAUCAGUUUCUGAGAAAAAAGAACCUAGUUGAUAACAAAGAAUGUUACCCAACAUCUUGCAGAAAUUUGUAUUGUAGGUGAUGUAGACUAACAUGAUGGCAAGCUAACAUGCACAAUCAAUCCAUUUUCACUUGGAUGUAAACAAUUCUUUAUAAUUGUUUAUUCUUUAAAAUUGUUAUUUUGUUGGGUCAGUCAUUCUUUCCUGCUAACUUUAGCUGAACAUGGCAAUGAUUCAAGCUCAUAGUUCUCCUAUGAAAUGAAAUGUCAUGGUUGACUUUUAAAAAGUGUUGUCACCGCCACAAACACAUUAGUAAUGAUUAGCUCAUUGUGUUGGGUGAGAUCUAAAUGAGACCUCACUGUGCCCCCUUCCUUCAGGUAAGGCACGGAGCUUAAUUGAACCCUGAAUCUUGAUUAGGAAGGAAACACACUCACACAAGAGCUUUGAUCAAAGGUUCCAUCCAACCGAAAGGUCUCUCUCAGUCCAACCAAGAGAAACAGCUGUGGUCAGAUGGACAACUUUAUUAAGAAUUCACUAGUAAUUUAUAGGAUUUUGGGUACAGUAAAUAAUAAACAACAAAGACACGCAUAUAGGUAGUACAACGGCAAAGAAACACAUAAUGUACUUCUUUCAAGGAUACAAGAGGAUAUCACAUUCCGUCCAUCCUCCUGUCAAGCUGACACUUAUCUUUAAGGUCUUUGAAGUCCUUGGGAAAGAGACAGAGGAGCCAGCUUUAUGUUUGACAAAUAAACAACUAAUUCCUUUAGAACAAAUCAGCUAUUACCCCUCACCUGUGCUCUACAUACUUAGCAGUGAGGAUACACAGCCUUAAAGGAAUAGGAAUCUUAAAGGGACAGUAACUCCCACGGCUCGCGGAUUCUGAGAGAACACAAAAUACUAAAAGAAAGGAGCAAGAGCACCCAUAUAAAUUUUACAGAUAACAAUUGGAUCUGAUAUCCAGAAAUAGUGUAGAGCUUACGUUAUUGAGGAUGGCUACAUUUAGCUUUCAGGUUCUUCUACCUCCUAGGCUUCUAUCCCUUUAGGAAUUUAAGGCUCAUAAAAGCUGCUUUUCUGGCUGACAGAACUGAACUUUUGCUGGGCCUCAGGGGAAUCUAAUAUGGCUGGAUGUGGUACUGAUCAGUCUUUUCAUAGGACAACAUGGAGGGGGAGAAGAGGAGAGCACUAAUUCUGUAUAUUUUAAGUUACUUUUUUUCUUGAGUAGCAGCAAACCAUGCUACAGAAUUUCCAUUCCCUUCAAGCUCCUCUCACAGACAUGUUAGCAGAGGGAAAAAUAGAACUUGCUGUGUUGAAGAUCCUAGACUACAAUGCUAUGUUCCCCUUUGCACUGUACUUUAUGCACUUUACAUUGUUAGCAACUCAAAAUUCCUUAGUGGCUCAUACUAAGGAUCUUUUUUUUCUCACCAGCAAAAACUUCUAUAAAUGGUCCUGCCUCAUAAAUCUUGCAACUGAUGAGCUCAAACCUUCUGAUGAAUAAAUGUUGACUCUUGAUGAGAGAUGUACCUCUGAAUAUAAUGAACAGGAAUAAA